AGUGUAUAAAAUGUGUAAGACAAAGGAAAGUGGCAAACGGUUGCGUUUGUGGUAACUGCAGACGAGGCAACACAGCCGCAGCAGCAACAGUUGCAGUUGCAGUUGCAGCAGCAACAACAAAGACAGCGACAACAAGCGGAGUUCUGUCCAUAUUGCAGUUGAAAUAUGGGCCAAGAGAUAUCGCAACAGCAGCAGCAACUCCACAACCACAACCACAGCCACAACCACCACCAGAACCAUAACCUCAGCCACAAUCUGAACCUCAAUCAUAAGCGUGGCCAGCCGCAUCGCAAGAGCUACAAGGAUCCCAUCUAUACGCCCGCCAGCCAUCUGUCUAGCAGCUCCAGCUCGAACAGUACCGACGACUACGACGCCAACUAUAGACUGCGGCACAAGUACAAUUUGACGAAGCAGACGUACGAGCGGACCAAGAUCCUGGCCGGCAGCGCUACGAACCGAAGCAGCCUGCCGUUGGAUAGCGACUCCCAUUACGCCAAGUUGAACGGAAAGUACUUGCAGCGCAGCAGUUCGCAGAGCUCGGACAGCGGCAUCUACAACUCCUCCUGCCACUGCUCAUCGCUCUCAUCGCUGUCCUCGUCGGCGAUUAGCAGCAGCUCGGCGAGCUCCAGCAGCGGCUGCCCCAGCUCGCUGCUGUCCAGCAAGUCCAGCCGUUCGCUGGACAAGCAGAAGCACUAUCUGAGCCAUCACCUCUAUAUCAAGUCCUACUUGGACAUCUUGGAGGAGGACGAACGGGCGCGCGCCCACUUCAAGUCAGCCCGGCCGGGUGGCAUACGCAACUAUACGCCCAAAAUACUUGGCGGAGGCGACUCGGCCAGCUCCACUCUGUCAGCCAGUGCGCCCGCAGCCAGCUUCGGCUAUCCACACUCGAACCCAGCGAUCAAGCAGCGCAGCAGUGUUAGCUCCCAUUGCUCAACGAGCGGAAACUGUCACGAGGAUCCUUGGAUUUGACAAU